AUGGUAACUCAGGCUAAACUUCAAUAUUAUCGUCAUAAUUAUUGUUUAGUAUGUAUGACUGGAGUUUUAGGAUGUAGAUGGCAUCGUUAUAAACAAUCCACCAGGGACAGUCGCAAGAGAGAUUUACUAUGGUUUACAUUAUUUGUAAUAACAUUCCUCUUUAUCAUAUUCUAUUUCUACUUCUGGUUAAUUGCUAAAAACAGUUUUGAUGACUUAAAUUGGCAAAUGUUUAAACUUAUCAAGUCAUGGGUACCAUGGUAUAAGAUAAUGUUAGGUUUAACAUGUGCAGCUUUUGGUUACAUGUUUAUUGUUAUGUUUUUGUAUUUAUGUCAUGCAUAUCAUGGUCAUCAACUUUAUAUCCAUCCAAUACAUAUUGUAUUGAUAAUUGCCACGUUAUUGUGUUGUGUUGCUAUGUGUAUAGCAUUAGAUAACCAGUGGGCCACACAAUUCUAUGUUCUCUAUUUAUCAUUAAAGGUUACAGGACCAUUCUUACAGAUAGGCACUGUCAUAUUAUUAACAUCUUUAACAUGGUUGAUAGCUGGACAGUGGUAUAAAAUAAGAAACCUAGCUAUAAAAUGGUCAUUAUUAUUAUUCUUUAUUAUUAUAAUGGUUGGUUUGUACAUAACACCUCUUUAUAUCAAAUCACCAUGUGUUAUAUCUAUAGAAGAAUUACCACCAAAACCUAAAUUACUCUCUCAUAGAGGAGCAUCACGAAUUGCCCCAGAAAAUACAUUAAUAGCAUUCCAAAAAGCUAAUGAAAGUGGAGUUUAUGGUUAUGAAUCAGAUGUUGUGAUAAGUUUUGAUGGAGUCCCUUAUUUAAUGCAUGAUAGUACAUUAAGAAGAACAACAAAUAUUAAAGAUGUGUUCCCUGAUAGAAUAGAUGAUGAUGUUUCUAUGUUUAAUAUAUCUGAUGUCAAAAAAUUAAAUGCUGGAGGUUGGUUUUUAGAGACUGAUCCAAUGUGGAGUGUAAGUAGUUUAACAGAAGAAGAUAAAAUUAUAUAUAAAAAUCAAUCUAUACCAACAUUAGAAGAAUUUAUACAACUAGCAGUGGAAACUAAUAAAAUUGUUAUCUUUGAUUUACGUUUACCACCAAUAUAUCAUCCUUAUUUCAACCAAUCUAUUAAUAUUACUAUUGAUGCUAUACAGAGAGCUGGUCUCAAACUUCAAAAUUUAUGGUGGCUAGAAGAUACAACUUUAGAAAGUCGAAAAGGUGUCAAAUUAACAGCUGAAAUGUAUGAACCAUUACAAUACUUACAUGAUAAUAAUAUAACUAAUGUUAAUGUACAGUAUGAUGAAAUAACAGCAGAUCAAAUUAGAGAAUAUAAAGAAGAUAAUAUAACAACUAAUGUAUGGUUAAUAAAUAGUAAAUGGUUUUUAUCAUACUAUUGGUGUAUUGGUGCUGAGUCUAUAACUACUAAUAAUUGUGAUAUAUUAAGUCAGAUGGAAUCCCCAGUAUGGCAAUUAGAACCAAGUAAUUAUUUGAUAUUAUGGGUAUCUAUUGAUGUUUUAUCUGUGAUAAUUAUUACUACAAUAUUUAUUGUACACAGGGUACGAUUAUAUGGAACGUCUUUCAGUCCAGAAACUAUUUCAUUGAAUGCGGCCAAGAAUGCUUAUAAAUCACGAACAAUGAAAGAACAAUUAUUAGGAAGAGAUGUGAAUCAUGAUCCUUCAGAUGAUGUUGAGAGAAAUGGUGUAUUAAACAGACCUGCUGCAUAUUCUAUGGCAUCGUUACCAGGUGAUAGUAGCUACAGACCAUAUUCAGAACAUGUUGCCACAAGACCUGAUGCUAAAUAUGAGCUAGAAUAAUGGUGCCAGGUAUAUAUGUAUGAUUUGUAUGGUUAAGGAUCGUGUUGAAACUCUGUGCCAUGUUUUUUAAGACAUUAUGUAUCUUUCUUCCGUGGGUUGAAAAAACCUCAAGUAUUUUUCUUUCAUAGGUGUGAAAAAAUCAGUAUGUAUCUUUCUUAUUUAAGACAAUACUUCUACUUAAGGUCCUGUCAAAAUAUACAUCCUUUGAUAAACUUAUGUGAAAGUUUAGCACAUAAUUCAUAUUAUUUAAAAUAAGUUUCAUACCUUUUCUGCUAUGAUCUGUCAUACAAUUUUUGACAAAAUCUGUCCAUUUUCUUUAUAUGUUGUGAUGACCUUAAACCUGAGUGCUAAAUUUCAACUUACACAUUAUUUUGAUAAAAUGCUUACAUAUAAACUGAAAUUUAAUACAAUUUUAUACGUAAUUUUAUAUUUAUUGCUAAAAAUGCAAUGUAACAACCCAAUAAAAACCCUUAACAAUUUACAUUUUAUAUUUAUAUCAUUUAACAUAACUUUAUUGGACCAACAAAUACCAUAUAUACCUCUAGAAAUUAUAAUGAUUCUUAAAAGAAAUACUAAUAAGUUUUAAAAUAUUCAUCAGUAAAAUCCAAGUCUUUUGUCAUUAUUUUUACUUAUUCAAUAUGAUUAUAUAAUUGGAUGUGCUGUAAUAAAGGUCAGUAGUCUUAAUAUGAUAAUUUAAGCAAGAACCCAUGUUUCUUUAGCAAUCGUGUACACAGUUUAUCACAUUGUACUUCGUACACCGUUGCAAAAAGAACAUGAACCCUGUUUCUUGGCAAAAUAUUUAAAAAAAAAGUGUGUAGUAUUGUGCUUUCUUCAAUACUAGUGUAAAUGGUAUAUAUAAGAGGUCUUCAACCAUCCCUGUAUUUGUAAAAAAAAAAUUCAAAAUUGAAAAUGUUAAAAUAUUAUGAAAUUGAAUAUAUUGUGAAAUAUUAAUAGAAAUGAAACAUUAAUAGAAAGGAAAUUUAAAAAAAUCAAAAUAUGAGAGUGAAUUGUAUGCUUGAUGUUUAAUUAACCCCUUAUCUUGUAAUUCACACCAGAUCAAGGUUGUCUUAAAGGUAAUAACUUCUUCCUUCAAUCUUACAAUUCCUUUCAAUUUCUUGUUUAAGCAUCUGAAUUCUUUUUGUUCCAUCAAUAGUGCCACCUUUCAGAAUGAUAUUCUUGAGUUUAUCAUCAGUUCAUUCUUGUUGGAUCUUUCAUUCACUGGUUAAGAUAUUAAGUUAAAGGAUUACUUUCAUCAAAAUGAACAAGUUUUAACAAGUUUUACUAAUUAUUUUGUUAUUUUGAGUUUUAUCAAAGUAUUAGAUGGAAAUAUCAUUUUCUGUAGUUGAUCAAAUUAAUCCUAUAAAAUAGUUGGUUUAGCUAUGUGUAAUAAUCUUAAAUGGCAUUUUGAAUUUUCAACAAAAAUGUUUUUUGAAUCUGGAAAAUUAAUUUACUAAAUUCAUUUGAAUUUAGUAACCAAAACCCUGCAAUAAUAGAACUAGCUUGAGGAUUACCAGAGAAACUUUAUUGUUAGCUAAGAUGUUAUUUUGUUAUAUUUUGUUAUAUUUGGUUAAUAGUUAUGAUUGUUAUCAUAGAUUGUUAUGUUAUUAUUUUUCUCUACUAUAAGUUUUGUCUAUUUUGAUAAAUGAAUGAUAGAAAAUUUUAUAUGAUUUUGAAUAACACCAAAGAUGGAUGCCCCCAGUGAAAAGAUAUAUUUGUAUUACAGCCCUUGUAGCUCUUGAAAUAAAUACUUCUAAAAAACCAAUUCUGAUUUAAAGGAAGAUCAAAAUGUUUCAUUUAUUCCUUUGUCUGUUGGUGACUUUAAUUGUCAUCUAUGAUCUGACACAAUUAUUAUAGAAUACAUGUUCAAGAGCAUUAAAAUAUUCAACUAAAUUCUCUGUGCAAUGAUAGAAUGAUUACUACAUGAAGAAUAGAUAAAUAUUGAAUUGUAUUGUUAUAAUUUGAAUUAUGACAACUUUUGACACAUUUGGCUGAACACCAUUUAAAAAUGGGUUUUAUCAGAUCAUUGAUGGCAAGUGUACUAAUCCUCAAAAAAUAAAAUAAAAUGAAAAUGGAAACAUGAAUGAACAUGAAUCAAAUUGACUCAUAAUUAAGAAGUAUAAACCCUUGAUAGAAAUGUCCAUAUUAUAAAAGUAUUCAAAUUUCAAAUACUAACUAACCUAACAUUACCUACUAUUUGUAGUCUAUAUCCUUGUGUAAUUUUUGUGUAACACAUUGUACAGUAUGUCAGAAUAUUUAAUAUUUUGAUAAGGUUAGGUUGUCCAGGUCUGUGUUUUGGUAUACAUGGGACAUGCAUCUUCUAUGUCCUCAAAAUUUAAAAACAUUGUUAUCCAGGUAGUUUAUUACUUUAAGGCUAUUCAUUAAGUUACUCAAUAUUUAAUUUAAAAUUUUAUUUAUUAUAGCAUAUUAUUCAAGAAAAGUUUGUGCAUGUUUUUAAAAAAAAUGCAUGAAAUAUUGAUUUUUAAAUCAUAAAAACUUGAAAUAAGGCAAAGACAUGUGAUACACUUUUAACAUUUUUGGAAAUCAUAUCCAAAUCAACAAAUGUAAUAAGUGAUCAAAUAUAUCAAUAUGUAUUACUCUGACUAACAUAUCUAUAAAACUGAGUUGUGUUUCUGGGGCAUAAUCAAACCUUUUUAUUUUAUUAUACAUGUACAUAAAUAUUUAAUUCAGAAUAAAUAUUUCUAAUAAAUAUAUUUAUUUAAA